AUGGCAGAAGAAGUGAAGUUGUUUGGUGCUUUGGAGAGCCCAUUUAGUUGCAGAGUAGUGAUUGCUCUGAAAAUGAAAGGGGUACAAUAUGAAUACAUAGAAGAAGAUCUACCUCACAAGAGUCCUCUUCUUCUCAAGUACAACCCUGUGCAUAAGAAGAUUCCAGUGCUCUUGCACAAUGGCAAGCCAAUCUGUGAGUCUCUUGUUAUACUCGAAUACAUUGAUGAGACAUGGAAAGGCACUCCCAUCUUCCCCCAAGACCCUUCCGAUAGAGCCACGGCACGUUUCUGGGCUCAGUUCCUGGAGCAAAAGUGCUUGCCGACAUUAUGGAAGGCUUGUUGUUGGAAAGGCGAAGGGCAAGAGAAGGCCAAGGAAGAAGCAUAUGAGCUGAUGAAAAUGCUUGAUAAUGAACUCGAGGGCAAGCGAUUCUUCGGAGGAGACACCAUAGGACUGGUUGAUAUUGUUGGUAAUUUCAUAGGCUUUUGGUACGGCAUUGUCCAGGAAAUAACAGGAGUUGAGCUGUGGACAAAGGAGAAAUUCCCCAGAUUAUGUGAAUGGAUCGAUGAGUUCGUGAAGUGCACCAUUGUCAAGGAAAAUCUGCCUCCUAGAGAGAAACUAUUGGCCUAUUUCCGAACUCGUCUCCGAGGUGCUGCUGCUUCUAAAUAA